AUUUUAACCUCUCUUCAGGCAAACGUGCGCUUCGGCCCCCUGCGCAUGCGUGUACUGUGGCCAGAGCCCGCGAUCUUGCCUGACAAAGAAACAAGUCGUGGCUGGAUGGAAUCCUACUAGCGUAUGUGGCCGAGAGGGCCCGAGACUCCCCAACACUUCGGAGAUAGUCGAAAUCAGCAUCCGAACCAUCGAAUCCCACAAAACUGUGCGUUUAUCUGCUGUAGGGCUUCCGGAUGGUCCCCGAAAAUUUAGCAGUUACAAGGUGUUUAGUUACAUAAGCGCUUUUUGGUAGCAUGGAGUUUGGAGCAGAUCGGAGUUAUAAAGGAGUUCAAGUUAUAUUUAAUCACAUCCUUAGGAGACACAUCAGACUUUUUACCAUCAAGUGACAUCAACAACAUUUUCCACUGGUUAAACUGCCUGGAUUUUGGAGAUUCCACAUCCCCGAUGUCGGCAACCCCUCCCUGCCCGCCGCCGGGAUCACCUUCACCAGAUGGCCAAGAGGUCCAAUUGUUAUUGAAUACGGAACAAGAGAUUAUAACCUCAGUUGGGCUUAUGAAGUUAAUAAUAAAACCCUGGACGAUCUCAUCUACUUCUACAAAGGAUCCACGAGAGUCGGUACUUUAAGAAUCUCAACAAGGCAGGUGACCAUGUUUGGCGGUUUCGCGUCUUCUCAUAACAUUAGCACAACUGAUCAGGCGACUCUGAUCAUCAAGAAUGCGACUCUGUCUGAUGCGGGAAACUACUCGGUGGAACUUACUGACGCAGACGACGGGACUACUUAUAUCAUGAGCGUUGUCGUGAACGUUCAAGCUGUGAUGAAGUUCACUGGCUGGCCGAGUAGUCCUGUCACUAUUCCAUACGGUACAGAAAACCAUCCCCUAAAAUGGACCUAUUUGGUGGAAGGAAAAAAUCUAGAUGAUCUCAUCUACUUCUACAAAAAAACCACGAGAAUGGGUUCUCUGAGAAUCUCAACAAGGCAGGUGACUAUGUUUGGCGGUUUCAAUUCUUCUCAUGACAUCAGCACAACUGAUCAGGCGACUCUGAUCAUCAAGAAUGCGACGAUGUCUGAUGCGGGGAACUACUCGGUGGAACUUACUGACGCGACCGAUGGGACGAAGUACAUUAAAAGUGUCAUCGUCAGGGUAGAAGAAUUUAUCAAGUUUACCAGUUCACCAAGCUCCCCCGUAACAGUUGAAUACGGGAAACUAAACCACAAGCUCAAGUGGAGCUAUCUGGUUGGUGGAAGAAGCCUGGAAGAUCUCAUCUACUUCUUCAAAGGAUCCACGAGAGUCGGUUCUUUAAGAAUCUCGUCAAGGCAGGUGGCCAUGUUUGGCGGUUUCGCGUCUUCUCAUGACAUCAGCACCACUGAUCAGGCGACUCUGAUCAUCAAGAAUGCGACGAUGUCUGAUGCGGGAAACUACUCGGUGGAACUUACUGACGCGACCGAUGGGACGACGUACAUUAAAUCUGUCAUCGUUAGAGUAGAAGAAAUUCUAAAGAUCACCAGCUGGCCCCAAAGUCCCGUUAAUAUAACAUACGGGGCGAUAGAUUAUCUUCUCAAGUGGACCUAUGUGGUGGGAGGACGAAGCCUGGAUGAUCUCAUCUACUUCUACAAAGGAUCCACGAUAGUCGGUUCUUUAAGAAUCUCGUCAAGGCAGGUGGCCAUGUUUGGCGGUUUCGCGUCUUCUCAUGACAUCAGCACAACUGAUCAGGCGACUCUGAUCAUCAAGAAUGCGACGAUGUCUGAUGCGGGGAACUACUCGGUGGAACUUACUGACGCGACCGAUGGGACGACGUACAUUAAAAGUGUCAUCGUCAGGGUAGAAGCAUUCAUAAAGUUCAGAAUCUGGCCGAGCAGUCCUGUCACAAUAACACAAGGCACGCAGAACUACCAGCUCAAGUGGACUUACUUGGUGGGAGGGAGAAACCUGGAAGAUCUCAUCUACUUCUACAAAGGAUCCACGAGAAUAGGUUCUCUGAGAAUCUCAACAAGGCAGGUGACCAUGUUUGGCGGUUUCGCGUCUUCUCAUGACAUCAGCACAACUGAUCAGGCGACUCUGAUCAUCAAGAAUGCGACGAUGUCUGAUGCGGGGAACUACUCGGUGGAACUUACUGACGCGACCGAUGGGACGACGUACAUAAAAUCUGUCAUCGUCAGAGUAGAAGGAUUUGCAUCCUUCACAAGUUCCUUCAAUAACCCAGUGUACAUCUUGAAAGGAACUCUGAGUUCUCUAAAAUGGACGUACAGAACGACGGAGGCGAUUGAUCGAGUCGUGUUCUGGAAAGAUGGUGUCCAGAUCGGAGAGCUCUCAAACAAUACUAAGCUCAUUCGUCAAGGGUUCGGAUCGUCUCUGGACAUUAGUGAAUCUGAGCAAGCGACACUGAUUAUCAAAAACGCGACACAAUCUGAUGAAGGGGUUUAUCAAUGCGAGAUUAUAGACAUUAAUCAAAACACUUACAAACAAAACGCCACAGUGAAGUUUACAGUGCCAUUGGUUGUUCGUUCCAAUGGUAACGUCACAGUGAACGAAACCGAGUCAACGGUAUUAUCUUGCUCCGUCUCUGAGGACGUUGCUCCUCCCCCAAGCGUCACGUGGUCUCGUGAUGGACAGCAAAGAGGUGCUGGUGACAGCUUGACUAUCUCUAGCGCUGGUAGAGCGGACACGGGUAGCUACCGAUGCACGGCGAGGUCUGGUAACCAGCCAGUAGUGAGCGAUGACGUGUACCUGAACGUACAGUAUAAAGCUACAAAUGUAACCUUGAGGUCUUCAACAUACAUAACGUGUGUCAAUCAAGAGGUAGCCCUAAGCUGUACCGGGACAUCCAACCCCUCGCCCUACUCAUACGACUUUGUUAUCAACGAGAAGACCUACACCAGCAAUACGGGCACCCUUACCCACAAUCCCACAGCAGCAGGGGUGAUGCAUGUCACAUGUGUACCGCAGAACCGCGCGGGACCUGGGGAGAACGCCACGGUAGAAGUUCUGAUCAAAGCUCCCCCAAUGAUCACAAGGCCAACGCCAUCACAAACAGCAGUAGAGGGAGCAAAUGUAACCCUGGUGUGCGACGCGACGGGCUCCAGUCCUCUAAACACCACGUGGCUUAGGGAUGGCAGGAUUGUGGCUUCAGGAGAAAAUUUAUUGAUUCCCAGCAUAGGUCGUGACGAGGAGGGGGAGUAUGUCUGUCAGGCCGAGAACUCCUGCUCAGCAGCAAACUCAACAGCACAAAUUCAAGUGGACUUCAAACCUGAGAACCUAUCCCUGACCUUGACCCCAAGCAUCCACCGCGCAUGUCAAGGACAGAGCGUGCAAGUCACGUGCUCAUCAAAGGCUAAACCAGCAGCCAAUCACAGCCUGUAUCUCAAUGGUGAGAUUAUUGCUCAUUCAGUCUCUGGGGGUUUGGGAUCUACCGUAAGACUCAACAAUUCCGGGUCCAACGUGCUUAGAUGUGACGCGCAAAAUAAGGCAGGGAGCGACACGGAGACAAUUAAUUCCAUAGAAAUCGAGGGAAUACCAGUAAUAACUUCUAAACAGUCAUCACUCACAUUCAACAAUGGAGGCCAGGCCUUUCUCCACUGCAACGCCACAGGUUACCCAACACCUAAUGUCACCUGGAUCAGACUCGGCGAUGGUCGGCAAUGGCUCGGGUCGCCGAUUGUUUUCUCUAAUAUUUCCCGAGGAGACGAAGGCGUUUACCGAUGCACGGCAAGUACUGGGGACGAGUGUAGGAAUGCUACUCUAGAUGUUGACGUCAUCAUUGAUAUCAAACCUGAGAACCUAUCCCUGACUUUGACCCCAAGCAUCCACCGCGCAUGUCAAGGACAGAGCGUGCAAGUCACGUGCUUAUCAACGGCUAAACCAGCAGCCAAUCACAGCCUGUAUCUCAAUGGAGAGCUUAUUGCUCAUACAGUCUCUGGGGGUUUGGGAUCUACCGUAAGGCUCAACAAUUCCGGGUCCAACGUGUUUAGAUGUGACGCGCAAAAUAAGGCAGGGAGCGACACGGAGACAAUUGAUUCCAUAGAAAUCGAGGGAAUACCAGUAAUAACUUCUAAACUGUCAUCACUCACAUUCAACGAGGGAGACCAGGCCUCUUUUCAUUGCAACGCCACAGGUUUCCCAACACCUAAUGUCACCUGGAUUAGACUCGGCGAUGGUCGGCAAUGGCUCGGGUCGCCGAUUGUUUUCCCAAAUAUUUCCCGAGGAGACGAAGGCGUUUACCGAUGCACGGCAAGUACUGGGGACGAGUGUAGGAAUGCUACUCUUGAUAUUGAUGUCAUCAUUAAUACUAAACCAAAAGAUACUAUUCUCACAAAAUCAAUCGGGUCAGCGGUGUGCGUCAAUAGCUCCAUGCGUCUGAGUUGCAUCUCCACCUCCAAGCCUGCUGCUACUAAGUUCACAUUUUACAAAGACAACGUUGAAAUCGCAAACACGUCCUCGGGGAAUAUCACGGUCACCCUGUCGACCCAGGGAACCCACCAGUUCACCUGCGUCCCAGAAAACGUAGCGGGGACUGGGGAAAAUGCAACAGUUACUGUGUUAGUGAAAGGAGUACCAGUUAUUACAUCUAAAAAAACAUCACUUACGUUCAACGAGGGCGAAUCAGCUACUCUCAACUGCAACGCAACAGGGUACCCAACACCCGAAGUGACAUUGAUUCGACUCGAGGACGGUCGGCAGUGGUUCGGCUCGCAGAUUGUAUUCCAAAACAUUUCCCGAGAGUACGACGGAGUGUAUCGAUGUGUGGCGAUUUCUGGGGCCGAGUGUAGGAACGUUACUCUUGAUGUGCACGUCAGCGUGAACUCUAAACCUGAAAACACAUCGCUAAUAAAGUCCGUUGGGUCAGCGGUGUGUGUCAAUAGCUCCAUGCGCCUAAGUUGCACCUCGGCCUCCAAGCCUGCUACCACAAAAUUUACGUUUUACAAAAACGGAGUUGAGAUCGCCAACACAUCCUCGGGAAAUAUCACGUUCACCCUGUCUACACAGGGCACCCAUCGGUUCAGCUGCGUCCCAGAAAACGUAGCAGGGACUGGUGCGAUUGCUACAGUUACCGUGUUGGUGAAAGCUCCGCCCGUCAUAGCACCGUUUACAGCAUCCCAGUUCACCGUCAACGAGACAUCAGAUUUCUCUCUUCACUGUGACGUCACAGGUUCUCCACCAGUGAACAUCACGUGGUCUAGACAUGGGGAGCCACUGCUGGUGCAGGGGGCGUGGCUAAAUAUGACGUCAGUCACUCCUGUACACGAGGGCGUGUACACGUGCAGAGCUGAUAACGGAGACGAGUGCGCGUCACAUGAACGAUCUGUGCAGAUUGCUGUCAACUUUAAACCAAGAAAUACCACCCUCUUGACCAAUGCUAGUGACGUGACGGUCCUACAAGGCAAGAGCUUAGCCCUUUCCUGUGAGUCACGCUCCAAACCAUCCUCUUGUGAUUUCACCUUCUACCAAGACGACGUGGCACUCGUCACCUUGCCUGGUAUUUGUGAAGAGGGUAGCGUGACGAGUCACGUGAUCAACAGUGUCCGGGGCUGCGGAAAUACUACAUUCGCGUGUCUUUCCAAAAACAUGAUUAGCGAAGGAUCCUGGUCGAACAUCACACUUGAGAUACAGGAUCCACCAACAACUGCCAUCAGCCCAGACGCAGAUAGAACCCUUAACAUUGGGGAUAAUCUUCAGUUGAACUGCUCCGCCACAGGGUGCCCAAUACCUACACUCACGUGGUUGAAAGGAUCACAAAUCAUUGCUAGAGGGCGUGGCUUCGCUCUGCCAAUCAACAUCUCGAAUGCACAGCUGAGUGACGAGGGUGAAUACAGAUGCAUAGCGGAUAAUGGAGUCAGCGGAGGUCAUCCACGGCAGCAGAUAAGGGUGUUUGUCAACAAACCUGACAACAUAUCCCUGACCUUGAGCCCAAGCAUCCACCGCGCAUGUCAAGGACAGAGCGUGCUAGUCACGUGUUCAUCGACGGCUAAACCAGCAGCCAAUCACAGCCUGUAUCUCAAUGAGGUCAAGAUAGGUCAGACAGUCUCUGAGAAUUUGAGCCAGAGUGUGAGACUCAACAGUACCGGACCUAACAUGUUCAGAUGUGUCUCCCAAACUUCUACAGGGAGCGCCGUAAAUAUAACGCAUUCUAUAGAGGUAGAAGGAAUACCAGUGAUAACCUCCGAGCAAUCAUCCCACUCAUUCAACGAGGGAGACCAGGCCUCUCUCUACUGCAACGCCACAGGUUACCCAACACCUAACAUCAACUGGACUCGACUAGGAGAUGGUCGGCAGUGGUUCGGCUCGCCGAUCCUUUUUCCGAAUAUUUCCCGAGGGGAGGCAGGGGUUUACCGAUGCACUGCGAGCACUGGGGAUCAGUGUAGGAAUGCUACUCUCGACGUUAACGUCAUUGUCAAAUCAUCCUCUCAGAUUGUCUCAGUAUCUGUACAACCUGCGCUGACCCAAGUCCGCAAAAACGAGACCGUUACACUAGAGUGCAUCACUUCCCUCCCCUCCCCCCACGUGACGUGGUUUGACGUCCAAGGAGUAGUUAUUGGUAACCAGUCCUCACUCGUGUUUGUCGCUACGAACACUAGCAGUGGCGUCUACACAUGCGCGGUCCGUUCUACCGCCGGACGUACCGUCAACUCAAGUGCUGUAGUCUUAGUGCAAAGUCCAGUCUACACGGUAUACUGCAUCAUAAAGCUUCCCAAUGAGACUUUCCAAGGAGCGCUGAGUGACCCGACCUCUGACUUGUACAAGAACCAAGCGGCGUAUUACCAAAUUCUGCUUUCAGGGUGGUUUGAAGAGUAUGCUAACAACACAGGCGUAGCUAACGUCACUGUCACAGGAUUUGGGAAUGGUAGCCUGGUGGUGGAGUUUACGCUGACCAUGCUGGCGUACGCACGUGACCCUCUGUUACCUCUAAGGCUGGAGGCAGCACGGAACCGAGGCUACAUUAAUGGGACUCUCGUAGAUCUCAUCUAUUACUUCCCACUAGCGAUGCCUGUGCUGUAUAACAUCACACUCCAGACCCACGGCCUCGCUUUCAUUUGGGCGUACCCCAAGGCUCCAUUACUGGCCCAGUGUAAGGCUGACGUUAGUAGAUUACACGACGCUAGUGUUCAGCGGACUUGCGAAAUCGAGGGCUCCACUGGUAAACUGUCAUGCGCAGUUGACAGGCUGGAUCCUGGAAAGCGUCACGUGGUAUAUAUCACGUGUCGUAAUGAGUUCGGCUUCAAUAACAUUACCACGUACGCGAAGACGAUAGAUGUGGUGUCGUGCCCGCCCGAGGACGAGGUCAACCGUAUCAUCAUGGGUUUCGCCAUCGCGGGGGGUAUUCUCAUCUUCAUUAUCUUUAUGGUCGUUUGCUGUUACGCUUGCAGAGCUGAAGAUCGCAAAAAGGCGACAUACAGUCCAACCAAAAGGUUUAAAAAAGAAAUGCUCGAAAAUAAUGGCUACAGAGACGAUGACAUGUAAUAGGACUAGAGCGAGGAGAAUACACAGCCUUGCAGCCCGCGAACCCCGAUAGUAUGACGUCAUGGAAAGUAUGACUAAAUGGAUAUUAUGACGUCAUAUAUAGUGUAACUAAAUGGAUAUUAUGACGUCAUAUAUAGUGUGACUACAUGGAUAUUAUGACGUCAUAUAUAGUGUGACUACAUGGAUAUUAUGACGUCAUAUAUAGUGUGACUACAUGGAUAUUAUGAAAUCAUAUAUAGUAUGACUGCAUGGAUAUUAUGACGUCAUGGUGUCUCUUUAAAUUGCAUUUUGCUCUCAGUGGCGUCCUUAUCGCCAAAGCCCAUUGAUAAUGACGAGUCUCUGUAGUAGCCAAACCACAGUACUUAAUCUGAAAGGAUCGGUGAGGCAUUACAUAAGAAGCGGCCAGGCCAAGUCCCGCGCGUUCUUAUCCGGGUUUGUGCUUGAGUUUCCUCUUGUCGGUUAGUGUUGUGACGUCACAGACAGUCACAGGCCUCACGGUUCUCCGGGUACAGAAAACCCGGAAAGGCGAGCGGCCAAAGUAGCGCGCGUCACAGUGAAUUAAAAUAGUUGCCAAGCAACAGUCAAUCUAUUAUGGCGUCUGUUUAUUGCACAAAUUGAAUAAUCAAAAAGCAUAUCUUGGAUUAUUUUACUUCAAUAAAGUAUUUUAUUCAUA